AUGUACGUGGGCCAGGUGAUGAAGGACGUGCUGAAGCUGCCCCGCCCCCCCUCCCCGCCGGUGGUCAAGCUGGAGACCCGCGUGGACGCCGAGUACGGGCUGCCCUCCACCCACGCCAUGGCCGCCACCUCCAUCUCCUUCACCCUGUUGAUCAGUGCUACCUCCAGAUUCCAGUUCCAGUUCGAGGCGGGUCUGCUGCUGGCCGUGACGCUGUCGUCCCUGGUGUGUCUGAGCCGCCUCUACACCGGCAUGCACUCCGUUCUGGACGUGGUCAGCGGCGUCCUCCUCUCCGCCGCCAUCCUCCUGUGCACCCGCCCGUACUGGGAGGCCUUCGACCGCUUCCAGCUGACCAGCCGCCUGUCCCCCGUGCUGCUGCCCGCUCUGCUCCUCGUCCUGGGCUACGCCUACCCGGAGCUUGACCGCUACAGCACCGCCCGGGGGGACACGGCCACCAUCCUGGGCGUGUGCGCCGGCUGCUCGGUGGGCUACUGGCUCAACCAGCGGCUGGGCCGGACCUUCGAGCCGCCCGGCCCGCUGCCCGCGCCCCUCCCGGCGCUGACCGCGCGCUCGGCCGCGCUCGGGGCCGGACGCUUCCUGGUGGGGGCGGCGGCGCUGGUGGGAACGCGGCAGGUGGUUAAAAAACUGACUCUGCGCUUGUUGUAUUCGUGGUACGGAGUGAAGGAACAGGAUGAGGACGCCAGGAGGAGGAGAGAGAUAGAAGUGCCCUCUAAGUUUGGGACAUACACGGCCGUGGGACUCGUUAACUCCGUACUGGUCAACAGAGUCUUUGUCUUACUGGGGCUACUU